GACACGUGUUCUCUCGAGUGUCCACUCGUGUACAGAGACAUGCACGGUCGCGCCCUUCGAUCCUGCAGCGCUACGGCGCAGCUGCGAUGGACAGUGGUCAUGCUCUGCCGCCUGAUCACAAUGGCCGGGUUGAGCGAGUCUCUGAAACUGGUGCGGAUCGACAUGCCGAGCGUCGUGAUUCGGGGUGAGCCGCUCUGGCUGAACUGCUCGUUCGACCUCGAGUCGGACGAUCUGUACUCCGUGAAAUGGUACAAGAACAACACGGAAUUCUUUCGGUACCUGCCCAGCGAAAUACCACCGGGGCAAGCGUAUGACCUGCCGGGAGUCAAUGUAGACGUCAGUCGCAGCUCGGCGGGCAGCCUGUACCUGAAGAAGGCAGACCUGAAGACGGAAGGCCACUACACGUGUGAGGUGUCGGCCGAUGCGCCCUCUUUCGAGACCGUCCGUGCGGAGAAGGAGCUAAGGGUGUACGUGCUGCCCAAGAAAGGUCCUGUGAUUCGUGGUACUAAAGCCCACUAUAGGAUUGGAGACGUGGUUAAUGUCACGUGCCACGCGAGCGCGACAAAGCCACCAGCUGUCCUGAAGUGGUACAUCAACGGGGACCAGGUUCGUCCCGAGUACGAGACGAUGUACCCAAUCUUUCGCGACCGGGACCACUUGUACCACUCGUCCUUGGGGUUGACCUUCAAGACCGAGCCCGGACACUUCGCUUACGACACCAUGAAGCUCAAGUGUACCGCUACAGUGUCUGGAGCGUACUCGCUGUCCAGCGAGAAGAUCGUAGCAGCUGCGGACGCUAAACGCACCGGGUCUGAAGACGACAAGCCAUCCAUAACUGGCGCCCAAGAAAGCUACCAUGUGGGCGACUUGGUUAAUGUGACCUGCAGUUACUCGCGCUACGGACGCCCCGUUGACCUACAGUGGCAUCUCAAUGACAAAGAGGUGUCCACUCGGUACCUGGUCCACUACCCACUCCGGCGGUUAGAGUCCGGCCGCCAAGAGAUGUCGCUGGGCCUGCGGUUCACCGUGCGUCCCGGACACUUCGCGCGCGACGAGAUGCGAAUCAAGUGCACGGCCACGCUUCAGAACGACGGCAAGGGGCCGCCAUCGGUGACGUCGUCUUCCGCCUCGCCCAGGGACGGCACUCACUCAGAAAAGGAGUUCAUGCUAGGCAGCAGCAGCCACCGCUCGUCGGGACUGCACGUCUCGGGCCACUAUGACGCCGCAGGUGUGUACUUCUGCGGCUCUUUGUCUAUUGGAUGGUAUCACAGCAUGAGUCUUCCCUAA